CCUGCCUGGCCUCUGAGCGCAGCUGGAGGAGUCUAGAGUGCAGGCUGAGCUCAUCUAGAGUGAGUUCCUCUGAGAGGCUUUAGGGAAAGCUGGGCUGCAGCUGAGCCACUAGCAAGGGGUUGGGACUCACGACUGCCAGGAGCCAGCUGUCCACCUUGAGGAGCAGAAGGAGCCUCAGGUGAAUCUCGCGUUCUGUGCGGUCCAGGACAGAGCUCUCGGUCUGUGCGCGCGCGGGAGCGGGCUACAGUGAUGGGGCGCGGAGAAAGGAAAAUAUUCUUUGUUUUAAAUCAUGGAAAAGCAUGGCAAGCAAACUGAAGCUCCCCACCAAGGAACACAUUUGCCAGCUGGGUAUGUCCCUCCAUAUCCACCAGCAGCUUUCCAAGGACAUGCUGCUUACCCCAUACCACAGGCUGGCUACCAAGGGCCACAGGGUCCCUAUCCAGGGCCCCAACCUGGCUACCCAGUCCCACCAGGAAGUUAUGCAGGUGGUGGCCCAAGUGGUUUUCCUGUCCAAAAUCAGCCAGCAUAUAAUCAUGCAGGAGGACCUGAAGGAACCCCAUGGAUGCCAGCACCACCUCCUCCACUGAACUGUCCACCUGGGCUGGAAUAUCUAACUCAGAUUGAUCAGAUUCUGGUUCAUCAGCAAAUUGAACUUCUGGAAGUCUUAACAGGCUUUGAAACAAAUAACAAAUAUGAAAUCAAGAACAGCCUUGGGCAGAGAGUUUACUUUGCAGUGGAAGAUACUGACUGUUGUACUCGAAACUGCUGUGGAGCGUCUAGACCUUUCACCUUGAGGAUCCUGGAUAAUCUGGGCCGAGAAGUCAUGACACUGGAGAGACCCCUGAGAUGCAGUAGCUGCUGCUUCCCCUGCUGCCUCCAGGAGAUAGAAAUCCAGGCUCCUCCUGGGGUGCCAGUAGGUUAUGUGACUCAGACCUGGCACCCAUGUCUUCCGAAGUUCACUCUCCAAAAUGAGAAGAAGGAGAGUGUUCUAAAAGUUGUUGGUCCAUGUAUUGUGUGUAGCUGCUGUUCAGACAUUGACUUUGAGCUCAAAUCUCUAGAUGAAGAAUCGGUAGUUGGCAAAAUUUCCAAGCAGUGGUCUGGUUUUGUGAGAGAGGCCUUCACGGAUUCAGACAACUUCGGGAUCCAGUUCCCACUAGACCUGGAUGUGAAGAUGAAAGCGGUGAUGCUUGGAGCUUGUUUCCUCAUAGAUUUCAUGUUUUUUGAAAGAAGUGGAAAUGAGGAACAAAGAUCGGGAGUCUGGUAGUAGUUUCCAGAGAUUCCUCUUGAGGUGUAAGGACUAUGUACUGGUGGACAUUCAAUGGAAACCGAGGAAUCAAAAGGAACACACCAUGGCUUCUUUUCUUUUCCUGAAAUAACUUUAUACCAAUUAACCUGUGAUGGCUGUAGGCCCUAUUGUACAAUUGUGCUCUCAAAUUAGAGUUUAUUUUCUAUAA